AUGCCGUCAUUCAGCUGUAGAUUCUACCAGCACAGGUUUCCAGAGGUGGAAGAUGUGGUGAUGGUCAACGUGCGCUCUAUCGCAGAGAUGGGCGCCUACGUUAGCCUAUUAGAGUACAACAACAUCGAAGGCAUGAUCCUGCUGAGCGAGUUGUCUCGCAGACGUAUCCGCUCCAUCAACAAACUCAUCAGGAUCGGACGCAACGAGUGUGUGGUCGUCAUCCGAGUGGACAAGGAGAAAGGUGAGAGGAGGAAUACUGUCCAUGUGGAUGUGAUAGGUUGUCUUGUAACCUGGUCCCAAGGAUUUAUGGUUCAUUUCCCUGCUCGCUCUCUCUCUCUCUUUAGGCUACAUUGAUCUGUCCAAGAGAAGAGUUUCACCCGAGGAGGCAGUCAAGUGCGAAGACAAAUUCACCAAAUCCAAAACUGUAUGUUGUCUAAGUCCUCACAUCUCCACGUUCAUAGUGCAAUACCCCUACCAGCUAGUACAAUGUCAUCUUAUGCCUUGGGCUGAAAAUGCAGAAGGGCUGGUUGAAGUACUCUUAGAUGUGUUGUCAAAUUAUAUAUUCCAAUAUUUCUGGAGGUGAACCUAGACCUGUGUCACUUCUGUCAUGAGCAACUUUGGGUCCUUGAAAAACGCAAUAUAAAUAUAAUGUAUUAUUACUGUUAUUACAAUGACAGGUGUACAGCAUAUUGAGGCACGUGGCUGAGGUUCUGGAGUACACUAAGGAGGAGCAGCUGGAGAGCCUGUUCACGCGCACCGCCUGGGUGUUUGAUGAGAAGUACAAGAGGCCUGGAUACGGAGCCUAUGAUGUCUUCAAACAGGCUGUGGCGUGAGUACUGACAUCCUGGUCAGGGUUGGUGGAGGGGAUUCUCUUGCUGAGUAUUAUUUUCCAUUCCUAGUUCCAAUGCAUUGAAAACAGAAAAGUUCUGUAACUAGAAAUGGAAGAAAAUGGUUCCAUUGAUUAAAAAGUCUCCUCUUGUUAGUUACAAUUCUAGACUAGAUCAAUUUCUCUGGCACCAAUAGACAUAUUAUUUGGCUAUUGCACUGGAACUCCCAGGAUUUUAUGUGUUAAUAUGUCUGUUUUGGCCCACAGGGACCCAGCCAUUUUAGAUUGUCUUGACCUGACAGAGGAGGAGAAGGCUGUGCUCAUUGACAACAUCAACAGAAGACUCACCCCACAGGCUGUCAAAAUCAGGGCAGGUACAUACACGGUGUACAGUACACCUAAAGCUUACCUGGGUACUUGUACGUCAUAUACACAGCAGUAGUUUGAUAAGUUUUGAUAUAGCAUGAUCGUAAGAUUUUUAUUCUAACACAUCUCUCCCUCAGACAUUGAGGUAGCCUGCUACGGCUACGAAGGCAUUGAUGCUGUCAAAGAAGCGUUGAGGGCGGGGCUAGGCUGCUCCACAGAGACCAUGCCCAUCAAGGUAAAUAACAACAACAAACACCCCUCAGCAGUCAGUUUUUCCGAACCCAGAUUAAACAUAGGAUAGUCCUAGACUAAAAAGCAUUAAUUGAAAGUGACUUCUAGUCCAAGACUGGGCUUAAUCUGUGUCCGGGAAAACGUCUAUAUAUAUCACAACAACAUAGUCCAACACAUGAUUUCUCCCCCCUAAACCGUGUGUGUCUUCGGCUCUCUGACAGAUUAAUCUGAUAGCACCGCCACGCUACGUCAUGACCACCACCACACUGGAGCGCACUGAGGGUCUCUCUGUCCUCAACCAGGCCAUGGCUGCCAUCAAAGAGAAGAUGGAGGAGAAGAGAGGAGUCUUCAACAUCCAGAUGGAGGUCAGUGAAAUAUAAUGCAACUUUAUUGUCCAAAUUGCAUCUGAAAUUAAUAUUUUUUCUGUCUUUUGGUACAGUACAGGAAGAGAGGGAAAAUGGAAAAGACCAAGCUGGGGUGGAGUGGUGGAGGUUUCAUGUAAACUUUCUUGAAACCUCUGCCAUACAGCUGUGACCAAAUAUAUUGUCACCCUUGCACAUUUCUUAAAUAAUUCCCUAUUUAUUCUAAAAUAAGUAGAAAUUUGAAGAAUAAAUAAAUAAAAUGGUCACCACACCAUGUUAUUGGAUUUUCAACAUUGCAGAACCAACUUAAGUUUACAAUUUAAAUUGAGAAAAUAAAGACAAAUGGCAUGGACAAAAUUAUUGGCACCCCGGAGCUAGUACUUGUUUCAAUUUCAACUUAUUUGAGAAGAAAUUAUUUAAGAAAAGUGCAAGGGUGCCAAUAUAUUUGGCCGCAAGUGUAUGUAAUAAAUACAUUGGAAAUCUUACUUACCACAUUAAAACAGCAUACAAAACUGCAAGAAAGUUCAGGACAUAGUGCUUUUAAUGUCAAUUUGUUUAUCUCUUCCUGUGUGUUGUCCUCCCUUCCAGGCGAAGGUUGUGACAGACACAGAUGAGACAGAGCUGGCACGCCAGCUGGAGAGACUGGAGAGGGAGAACGCCGAGGUGGAUGGUGAUGACGAGGAUGGAGAGAUGGAGGCCAAGGCAGAGGACUAA